UUCCUCAUCCAGCAUUUCACAACAAAAAUAUGGGUUCCUCAAAUUACAGUACGAGAUGGACCGACCAGCGAGGGAAGAGGCAGGUUCGAAUAGCAAAUUGUUCAGGGUUUAAGGCUGAUCCUGGGUACCAUAUGCGAUAUCAAGCCGAACUUGGGGACGUAGACUUCAUCACAGGUGACUACCUCGCUGAAGUCAACAUCGCUGAGAAUGCACAAGCACAUGCAGCAGGUAACCACCCAGGAUGGGAAAAGACAGCAUGGGACGGUAUCGAGCAAAGUAUCGAUAUAUUACACGAAAAGCGGAUCAAAGUGGUCGUGAAUGGAGGUGCACAUAAUCCCAAAGGACUAGCAGAGAAGAUUCAAGAAUUAGUCACAAGCAAAGGCUACAAUCUGAAGGUAGCGUAUGUACAAGGCGACAAUCUGUACGAAGAGAUGAAAGAUAUUCGAGAAAAAGGACUACCGCCUCACCUUGAUUCUGACAAUAGCGAUGUCACGAUUGCAGACCAUGCGCUCGACUUGAUUGAGAAGGAUGACAAACCUAUCGUCAGUGCAAAUGUCUACCUUGGAGCUCGCGAGAUCGUGCGGGGUCUGGAAGAAGGGGCGGACAUUAUAAUCGCAGGACGUGUUGCAGAUGCCAGUCCGGUCAUCGGGGCUGCCUGGUACUGGCACUCGUGGAACGACACAGAUUACGACUGUCUAGCGGGAGCACUCAUAGCUGGGCACCUGAUUGAAUGCAGCGGCUACGUAACCGGUUCAAACUUUGCGGGCUUCUACGAGUAUCCGCUUGACGACUUGUACGACAUCACCUUUGGUAUCGCCGAGGUGGAAAGAGAUGGGACUAGUGUGAUCACAAAACAUGACGCAAAGAAUGGUUUUGUUACUGAAGAUACGGUGAAGUGUCAGUUUUUAUAUGAGUUACAGGGCAAUAUCUACUUGAACAGCGAUGUGAAGGCGAUACUGGACGAUGUCCAAGUCAAGGCGGAAGGCAAGAAUCGGAUCCGAAUCUGGGGUAUCAAAGGCGCACCACCGCCGCCCACGACGAAGCUUGCCAUAUUCUACCAGGCCGGCUACCAGUCUGAGAUAGUUGUCAACGCUACUGGUUACGCCACACAGGAAAAGUUCGAUCUCUGGGAAAGAAUGCUCAAGUAUGGCCUCAAGCGACUCAAUCUCUUGGAUAAGUUCGAUAUCCUCGAGUUCCAACGUCUUGGUGUACCUGAACCAAACCCGAGAAGCCAGCUUCGGAGUACGUCCUCCUGCCGAAUCUUUGCGGAAGCCAGCGACCCUAAUGUGAACCUCGGGUUGGCGAGUGUACUCAGCGAGUUUGGGAUGCAACACUAUUCAGGCUUUCACUGCACUGCAGAUCUUCGUACUGCUGUUCCGAGAUCGUACAUCUCCUACUUUCCGGCGAUAUAUCCACAAUCUUCCCUGACAACCUCGAUAAACAUAUUGGAACCCUCAACGUCUCCAAACGCUUUGCAAACACGUUCUAUCCGUACCACGCCACCACCAAAAUUUGAAGAACUUGCCAAACGUCAAAACUACGAAACAUCGAACGCAGUCGAAAUUUCUUCGUUCGGUCCUACCACACGCGCACGACUGGGUGACAUAGUCCUUGCGCGCUCCGGUGACAAAGGCGGCAACGCAAAUAUCGGGUUCUUCAUCCCCACUGCACUACCAUCCUCCUAUCCCCAGUCCUCGGUUAUCUACACCGAAGCAUGGGACUGGUUACGCACGUUCCUCACAAUUCCAAAACUGAAAGAGCUGUUUGGGGAAAGCUGGAGUGACAAGUUUCACGUGGAGAGGGUCGAAUUCCCCAAGAUCUAUGCAGUGCACUUUGUGGUGUACGGAGUGCUAGGUCGAGGUGUCAGUGGGAGCAGUAGGCUUGAUGCUUUCGCAAAGGGAAUGGGCGAUUGGCUGAGAGACGUGGUCGUUGAUGUGCCGACCAAGUUCAUCGAUGGGAGGCAGAAGAAAGCGGAAAGUGGGAGAUAUGCGGCGGGACGACAAACAGUAUUAGUGGGACAUAGAUUGUAGUGAAGAAGGGGUGGAGUUGCUGAC